AUGGCUGAACGAGCACAAUUCCCAGCAACAGAUCCCGUGGUCUACGACGAAUACAGAACCAAAUGGGCUUCCUUACCGGAGAACGAGCAUGGCUGGCUGGCACGAGCUCGUGAGGUCGCCCAAGUCCUUGCUCAGGACUCCGUGAAGCGCGAUCAGGAAAACAAGUCGCCCGUUGCGGAAAUCGCGCUGCUCAAGCAUUCGGGUCUACUCAAGACUCUGGGUCCCCAAAAGUAUGGCGGCGGUGGCCAGCCGUGGAACGUUGGAUAUAAAGUGAUUCGCGAGGUUGCCAAAGCCGACGGAUCAAUCGGCGCACUUCUCGGCUACCACUUACUCUGGUCAAGAGUGGCGGACAUCGUAGGCACAGCUGACCAGAGUGACCGUCUCGACCAGCUUAUCAUUACCAACAACUACUUUGUCGGUGGUGCAGUCAAUCCGCGCGACAACGACCUGCAAAUCAGCGUCGAUGGAGACAACAACAUUGUCUUCAACGGAGCCAAACAUUUCAACACUGGCGGCGUCGUUUCUGAUCUUACUGUUCUCGAGGGCAUCCUCGAAGGAACAAAUGACCAUAUCUUUGCCGUUGUCCCCACGAGACAAUCCGGAAUCCAGUUUGCCCAUAACUGGCACAAUAUCGGUUUGCGAUUGACCGAAUCCGGCAGCGUGAAAAUUGAAAACGUCAAAGCUCCUUGGACAGAUGCCCUGGGCUGGGAUGCAGUUGAGCGCAAACCUUUGCCCAGUGUAUUGCAAAUCCACUGGGGAAGUCUGCUUCUUCCUGUUAUCCAACUUGUCUUUAGUAACUUCUACCUGGGAAUUGCCAUUGGUGCGUUGGAAUACGCUGCCAAGUAUACCACCUCGCACACACGAGCCUGGCCCUUUGGAGGGGAUGUCAAGGAGUCUCCCACGGACGAGUUCUAUAUUCUGGAGCGUUAUGGCAAUUUAUUCGCCCAUCUGCGCGCGGCUGAAGCCCUUGCUGACCGUGCUGGCAAUCAGGUGGCUACUCUUUUCGCUCGCCAUGGCAGUAAUCACACAAAGUUGUCUGCAGAAGAACGCGGGGAGCUUGCCGAAUGGGUUGCCAGUGUCAAGGUUGUUACGACGGACGUUGGACUUAGGGUUACCUCGGGCGUUUUUGAGGUGACGGGAUCAAGGGCGACUUCUUUGAAGGUGGGAUUGGACCGGUAUUGGCGAGACCUGCGGACACACACUUUGCAUGACCCGGUUGCGUACAAGAAUCGAGAGUUGGGCAGAUAUGUGCUCCUGGGAGAGAUUCCGCAGCCGACGUGGUAUACUUGA